CGCACAACCAAUCAAGUGCCAGCAUACUAUCGUGCGAAAAAUUCUUGAAUGGUAAUUUUGGAUAAAUUGCAACACAGCGAAGGUUCGAAAAACAUUACGACAACAAGUUCAUAGAUUUAAUGCUUGUACUUUAUUGAAUAACCAUACAAAAGCCAUUAUAUACAAGGAAAUAUCAAGAAGGUAUGUAGCCUUAUUUGAAUUGUAUAUUUGGCGAAAAUAACCACUUCAAGCGUGACUGAUAUUGAGGACACUUUAUAGCGUGUUUAUAACAAAUUAAGUUUAUACUGUAAACUUGUACGGUUUAGAAAGCAGCAUGAUACAGCAUAAACAGGAAAAUAAAAGCAGUUUGUCGUCUUUAUUAAAAGCACUUUCAUGCUGGGAGCAAUGCUGCUUGUAUUUUUAACAUAUGCUCUGAAAUCGUCGAUAUAAACCGACAAAAAAUUCAAGUGUUCGACAAAAGUUAAAAGCCUUUUUAGUUGAUAUAAAGUCCAUAUCCGAUACGUUUAGACGGUUUCAGACAUUGCUUGCUUAGUGUAUAUUUUCCAGGCGAUUCAUAAAACGUUAAUGCUAGUUUAUAAAGGUUUAAAUAUUUUCCGAAUAUUGUUAGUUUAAUAUCUUAAUUUGAGCGGACUCGAGGCGACGUUGUGUGUGUUUUAUAUAUUCAAUUGUUUUGACUCUUUCAAUAAAAAAUAUUGGCCUUAUCGUUACUGAUACAUUAAAUUGAAUAUCACAUACGAACCCCCUAUUAAGAUUACAUUAGACACUUUUAAAAUAGAAACACUUAUGGCUCGAUAUUAGAGCAAGUUUACAUAUGUUUUGAAAUUAUGUAAGCCACGAAAGUUGGUCUAAACUUUUCGUACAACGAAAGCCCUGCCUUUCCUGUUUAUUCAAUUAAAAUAUUUCAGUCAUUUUAUGACGCCAGUGGCUCAUGUGUUGUUGCUUUUGUAAUAUUAACCCUACGGCACAAAAAUAGGUUGAAAAUAUACGUGUUUAUGUUGUGCACCCCGAGACCUUUUUUUAUAGCUGUGAUAAAAUUUGAAUAAUGAAGUGUGUGAAAGUCCCAGGGGUAGUUGAAUAAGAAAUGCAGAAUGGCCAGUAAAAUGACUAAAAUCUUCCCCAGAAUGCAGGAAAUGCAAUUUCAGAGACAACAGAAUUUUGUGAGUGGAGCAUGCCCCUAAACCACUUAAUACAGUUUGCCAAUAGACCAAUUUUUCUGCCAACGUCACAAGGCUUGAUGCCGGUGAGGUGCUGGUCUUAAUAGUUAUUGCCCGGGAAAAUUAAACAAUUAAAAAUGGCCACUAUCAAAAUUUUCCCGGGUGAUGACUAUUAAGACCAGCUUUCGUUGCGGGCAUCAAGCCUUGUGACGUCAUUAUGCAUAAGGUCUAUUGAAAGUCUGCUGAUGCCAGUCACUUUUUGUAGGCACUUUCCCGAUAUAUACACAACCCUCACCCUAACAUUGUAUGCUAAUUUAUAACAAUAUGUAUCAUGACGUGUUUAAUUUCAAACAUAGAUUUGUUUGUAAAGAUGGGUGUCUUCAAGUUGUUGAUCUUGCUUUGUAUGAUUUGUCUGUGUAAGUAUGUCAUAUUACUCAGGUGUGCCCCUACACCCGGUUAUGGUCAGUUCUGUGGGAAUGGAUUUGCUAGGGGGAUGCACACACUCCUAGCCUUGGCAAAGGGUAUGCAGGAAGGGGGAUGCCGGUUUCAAUAUCAAAUCUAUUUUUUCAAUUUGGAAAUGCAAUAUCCUACCACCCUUACCAUCAUAAAGCCUGCUAUAUGUAGCUCCUAGUGAUUGUGUAAUUGGUCAAAGGUUGCACCCCCCAAAAUGACCAAGAGUCAACACCCUCCCCACUACCAGAUCUGGCCAGUUGGGGGUGGGGGAUGUGCUACAGCUCCAUGCUCCCCCCCUCCCUUGCACACCUAUGAAUAUGGGUUAGAUAUGAUAACCUUCAUUAAUGAUCCAAACUCUCUAGGUAAUGCUGCUCUCAAGUGCUACUCCUGCGGUGGCUUGAGUCUAGAAAAGUGCAAGGAAGUAUCGUCAAAAUGUCGACCAGAACAAAAUCGAUGCAUGUCGUUCAUGCUUGAGGGCGGAAACAGCGACAAGAUAUACUACAAAAGAUGUGGUAGGAAAAACGAAUGCUACGGUUAUAAGCUACAAGGAACAUGUGACUCGAAAGUGUUCGUCCACGGUUCAUCAACUUGCCGACCAGCUUGCUGCGAGACAGACAAUUGUAACCAUAGCAACCGAGUAUCGUUGUCAUGGCUUACUGUGAUUCCAGCCAUUGCUUUGGUCCUAAAAAUUAUUUUCAGCUAACUAUUUGAGAUAGUUUGUUGUACAAUAAUUUCAUAAAAGUUGAACCAAUACAUACAACAUUUACACUAAUGCAUGUAAAUAUAGCACUAGUACUGAUGUAUAAGUUUGUAGUUUAUGACUUGGACUCUUUGGCCUUCUUUCUAAGAGGAUAAAAAAGCUUCCAUCAGAAACAGGUAUUCCUAUUAUUAUUCCUAUUAGCAUUCAUACUUUUAUACGCCUGUAUUCAUAGUAUUUUUUGUUAUAGUGAAUAAAGUAUUUUUUAAUUGAUUAAAA